GUCUGAGACACUUUUGACACAUUGAAAUUCAGAAAUGCUGGGAAAACGCGGAUUUCAGUCAGUUAAAGCGAUCCAGCGUUACGGCAAGGUUUCUUUGGCCCAAAGAAGACGAUGGGAAGCUGCUUUACCAAGACACCAGACGUCGGAUCAUCUGUAUCCGCAGACGCAUGACAUCUGUUCAGGUACGUGUAUCCCUAAUAUUGCGGAUGUUGACCAUGAAGAGGUUGUGGCGGAACAGAUGUUGAAAUCCACUAAUGAUUGGAGACAUGGGAGGACAGUUGUAGAAUUAGGGGUGUUGGCAGAUGCUCUAAAGGCUUGUCUAAACUGUGGAAUGCCAUUGCAGCUCACUCAUGCUGUUGAUAUCCAGAAUUAUGGACUAUCGGCUAUCAUUAAGAUACCUUGUUCAAAUACAUGUUGUCAAUACCUGAACAAUGUGCCCACAGGAAAGAAACAUGGAAGAGUGUGGAAUGCAAACACAAAACUAGCAGCUGCAAUGGUUCACUCAGGAUUGGGAGAGAGACAAGUUAAUAGCUUUCUUUCAUCACUAAAUAUACCAGCAGUCAGCCACAAAACCAUUUCCCGUCGCCAGACAGAAAUGGGAACUGUAGUCCAGUCCGUGGCCAGGGAAUCUACAGAAAUGGCACUAAUGGAAGAGAUAGAAUUAACAGAAAAGUUUUGAACAUGAUCUCUCCAGCAGGGAUAUGUUUGAUGAUGGUUACCAUGGAAACGAACUCACGGACCUAUGUCAAAAAUUUCUUUUUCUGAUAGAAUAGACAUAAUGCUAUGUAUUUCACUCAAUUUUAGAAUUUUUUAAUUAUUCUGAUGCCAAUCAUACCCUUCCGUUUUUUACAGGUUUUUAAUAUGAUCUCUCCAGCAGGGAUAUGUUUGAUGAUGGUUACCAUGGAAACGAACUCACGGACCUAUGUCAAAAUUUUCUUUUUAUGAUAGAAUAGACAUAAUGCUAUGCAUUUCACUCAAUUUUAGAAUUUUUUAAUUAUUCUGAUGGCGGUCAUACCCUUCCGUUUUUUUUACAGGUUUUGAACAUGAUGUCUCUAGCAAGGAUAUCUUUGAUGAUGGUUACCAUGGAAACGAACUCACGAACCUAUGUCAAAAAUGUCUUUUUCUGAUAAAAUAAAUAUAAUGCUAUACAUUUCA